AAUCUCAAUGUAAACAACGUUCGAUAAAAUGUCAAAUCGGAUGCGAGAUGUUGAUAUCGUUUUUCCGUGUUUUUAAGCAAAAAUUUGUGUACUGAUUUGACCGGUGAAUAGAUUCCUUGAAUACUAGACUUACUUCCCUGUAAAGGGAGCUGUCAUCAACCCAAAGGGUUGCUAGCAGGAAAGUAGGUUAGGAAUUUCACGAAUGCCCCUCUUAGAGAAAGUUUGCACUCUGGACUGUUAGUGGGAGAAACUAUUUGAAUUUAUUCAUUCGCAUCAUACUAAGUGCGAACAGCCUCAGUCAAGUGUUGGUGUUCGUUCUUUCCCUUACGGUGGUUUAUCGCUUCCUGUUCCCAAAAUUAGAAAGUGAAAUCGCUUAAAAAUGUUGAGCAAAUUAGCCUGGAAGGCAUCCCGUCAGCUAAGUGUGAACCUUAAUUCGAGGAUUGCUCCCAUCUUGGCCCCCUCGGCAACCCAUCGUAGUCAAAGGGGAAUUUGCACGACGCCCAAAGUCCAAGAACGCUUGGCAACAAAACAAGUACAGAAGCACGACUGGAACAGAGCCGUCAGCGAGGCAGAGAAAAUCGUUGGCUAUCCUACGUCCUUCUUGAGUCUGCGAUGGUUACUGAGUGACGAGAUUGCGAACGUUGCGCUGCAUCUUAGAAAGUUGGUGGGGAGCAAUCACCCGCUCCUAAAAACAGCGAAGAACCUGCUGUACAAUGGGAAGAACACCAUGCAGGCAUGGGGACUGAUCGUGCUCCUGAUAUCGAAGGCGGCUGGCCAUGCACCAACUAUCCCCGACAUGGAGCAAGACAAAAGUGCGGGCGUCUUACAUUCGCAGCGAGCAUUGGCAGAGGUCACGGAAAUGAUCCGGAUUUCACACUUAGUUCAUAGGAGCUUAGUUAACCUUCAGCGUGGAACUGAAGCGGAACGCGACACCUCAACAUAUGGUGAUAUGACGUUCGGUAACAAAAUUGGUCUCCUGAGCGGCGAUUACCUUCUGGGGCAUUCUUGCGCUGAGCUGGCUGCCUUGCGUAACCAAGAAUUGGUUGCGCUUAUGUCAUCUGCCGUGCGUGAUUUUGCCGAAUCAGAGUUUGUCGGUGAUCGAGAUGAGCAGAAUAACCCGCUGCCAUCGAAACCAGAUCCCGAGAAUCGAAACAAACGCGUGGAAGAUGUUGACUUCAACGACGAUAAAAUUCUGGAUCCCUACGAUAUUCAGAGUGUAAUGGGAAUUCCUGAGAAAGAAUGGGAGCUUCGCCACAUCCUUAGCGCGGGCAGUCUCCUUGGAAAAAGCUGCCAAGGAGCUCUCAAACUGGCUGGUCUGCCAAGCGAUAUUCAAAGGAGAGGAUAUUUGUUCGGUAAACAUUUGUCCUUGGCGUGGCAAACUUGUAUCGACAUGGAACCAUUUCAAAACCCAUCGUCCUCGUAUGAUGGCACCUUCAGUCUAGUGAGUGCGCCUGUCCUCUUCCAUCUUGAGUACGAUCCGAGUCUGUACGACGAGAUUGAAAAGGGGAAAGUGUCUGUGGAGAACAUUGACUACAAGAAAAUCCACGCCGAAGUGUUGAGUGGGCCUGGACUCGAAAAAACGAAAGAACUGCAGAAAAAACACAUAAGCGCAGCUAUGAAGGUGCUCGAUGAAUUCCCAGAGAACGAUGCACGCCAAGCAUUGCAGAAUAUCAUCCUCGCCAUGCAGGAUUUAUGACACGGAACUUACUAACAGUUAAGCGAAUCAUAACAAAGGAAUUUAUUCCGUCCAUUCGAGUAGAUAGUUGAGAGCGUAAGAAGGAGGUCCCUGCAUGACUACAGCGAAGGCUGUACAAGAAUAUUAUUGCUUAAGUUGCGAGGCAAAUAGAGGUUCGGGGUAGUUUCCAUAUUUUAUUUACAAAUAAUCUUUUUAUAUAUAUACGUAGAAUGUUGUUAUGUUUGGAAUAUAGUUAAGAAAAUCAAU